CCUGGACCAUGUUGCUCACUUAAUUUCAUUGUCCAGAGCAGUGUGGGAACCUCGUGUCAUUACGCAACCACACGGUGCCGCACUGAAGCGCGCAGAUGAUGAUGAUGAUGGCGAUGAUGUUAAAAAUGGCAUUCGCCGGAAUCCUGAGCGACGCUGACAUCACUGCAGCCCUUGCAGCUUGCCAAGCUGCCGACUCUUUCAAGUACAAGGACUUCUUUGCCAAGGUUGGCCUGGCUGCCAAGACCAUCGAUGACAUCAAGAAGGCCUUCGCCAUCAUUGACCAGGAUAAGAGUGGCUUCAUUGAGGAGGAGGAGCUGAAGCUGUUCCUGAAGAACUUCUCUGCUAGUGCCAGAGCUCUGACCAACGCUGAGACCGAGGCCUUUCUCAAAGCCGGUGACUCUGACGGCGACGGCAAGAUCGGAGUUGAUGAGUUUGCUGCCUUGGUCAAGGGUUAAAUGAAUAAACUGACCAACAUCUUACUACUCUAAAGGGACAACUUUUGCCGAGACGUACUCCUCCUCUCUUCUCCUCUUCCGUCUCAACUCUCCACACCACUUUUAUACUCUUGACCUUUCACCCCUGACCUUAGACAACCUGCUCCCUCCCUCUCUCUCUCUGGCUGUGCUCAGCCCUUUGCUGUCCACUAUGAAUGUACCUGACUAAGUGUAUAGCCUUUGUCUUUCUCUCUCUGUCACUUCUGUCGUGAUUUGAUUAUGGGAGCUUUGCUUACUGUGAGAUCAGUGAUGAUGCACUUUUAUGGA